UCAAAUCAAGUGUUAGGAAAAUAGCUCACUUCGCAUUUUAUAUGGCGUUCGAUACAAAAGUAGAAGCAUUCAUUAAGGUGCUACUAAUUGGUGAUAGUGGGGUUGGAAAAUCGUCACUGCUUCAUUCAUUCACAACUGGAAUUUUCAACGAAAGUAUUGGCACGACCAUCGGAAUAGAUUUUAAAGUGAAAAAGGUGGAUAUUCUGGACGAAAUAACUGGGCAGCAUCGUCAUGUGAAUAUGCAAAUAUGGGACACUGCUGGGCAAGAGCGUUUCAGAACCUUGACGAAUUCAUAUUAUCGAGGAGCGCACGCUAUAGCUCUCGUCUACGACGUCAGUGUGCCUAGUUCGUUUUAUGGUCUUACGAAAUGGCUUGAAGAAGCAAAAAAAUGCUCCCAAAGUGAAGACAUUAUUUUCUUGCUUAUUGGGAACAAAAUUGAUUUGUGCUGUUCGGAAGAAAACAUGCCUGUUCAACGGUUAACUGCUGAAUUAUUUGCAAAACAGCAUCACAUGCUUCUCGCAUUUACAUCUGCAAAGACAAGAGUGGGAAUUUCACAGGCAUUCGAUGAGGUUGCUCGAAACGCAUAUGAUCUGCUUGUCGAAAGGGGUGCUACUAAUAAGUUCAAUACAAAGAAUUUAAAUGAUAUAUUUUCAAAUAAAAGCUCUACAGCAUGUUGCUAAAUUUGUAUAUGAAAGCACGAGAAAAACUAAAUGCUGGAAGGCGUAUCCCCCAGAAAUAUAAAUAGGACACAUGAAUCAUCUACAUUUUCACUAUAGUGGGAAACCUGUGCUUCAUAGAUUCUAAGAAAUUUCAGAAUAUGUACCAUGAGAAGUCAAAAUUAACCCACCCUGUUCUUAUUAACACAAAAAAAACUUUCAAAAAAUUAAUAGAAAUAGAUAUCUAGCAUGAGACAAUAAAAUUGUAUCUGGGAUUAAAUACAACACAAGGAGGAAGCUGAUUUCUGCACUCGAGCAUGAGCAUUUUCUGAAUUUGAAACGAAUAGGCACACAAAUGUCACGCGCAACAACAUAAAAGUAAAAAUAAGCCCGAUAUGUAUCAUGAGUCCAAUGGACAGAGUUAAACACACAUCGUUUCAACUUGCUAAAAAAUGAUAGCAAUAACAAAAUGCAGAAAUAAACUAACUAUAUAAAGUGAUAGACAACAACCUUGUCUUCCUUUUUCUUUUCGCAUAUUAUUAGUAUUCUUUCUUUUUCUUUUCUUUUUUAACGUGUAACACGAAUUGCUAUAUAAA